AUGGCUUCCAACAGAGCCGCAAUCCUGACAGCGACCAAGGCACCGCUCCAAGUCAAGGAGGCCCCCUACCCAAUGCCAAAGGACAAGGAGAUGGUAAUCAAGAACCGCGCCAUAGCCAUCAAUCCCGUCGAUUGGUUUCAGCAGGAGAUGGGGCCGGAGGGAAUCCCAUUCCUCAAGUUCCCAGCCAUAUUAGGGUAUGAUAUCGCCGGCGAGGUUGAGGCCCUAGGAUCCGGCGUGACCAAGUUCAAAGUCGGCGACAGGGUGACGGGGCUGGUGAACCAGGGGUUCCAGCAGCAUGUGGCGCUCGCUGAACACAUGGCGACGGCCAUACCCAGCUCUGUCACUUUUGAGCAGGCAGCUGCCCUCCCGAUGGGCGUCUCUGUUGCUACCAAGGCCCUCUUCCACAAGGACUACCUGUCGUUGGACCUGCCGUCAGCGUGUCCGAGCCGCAAGCAGGAGACGGUUCUGAUCUGGGGCGGCUCGACCAGCGUUGGCUCCAAUGCGAUCCAGCUGGCGGUGGCUGCGGGAUACGAGGUGUUCACGACAGCCUCACCGCAUCGAUUUGAGUAUGCCAAGGGCCUUGGGGCUGCCCAGGUAUUCGACUACAACAGCCCCAGCGUGAAAGAAGACCUGGUUGCCGCGGUCAAGGGGAAGAUGAUGGCUGGAGCGAUUGCAAAUGGCGGGGUGGACUUCAGCACAUUCCCAGGGAUCGUGGACGUGUGUGCGGCUGUGCUGUUGAGCACAGAGUCUGUUAACAAGGGCGGUAAUUUUGUCGCUCUGACUAUGGUGCCAGGCUUCCCAAUGCCGGAGGGCAUUCAGACCAAAUUCGUGGAGGAGCUAGGGCCCGACGUGGAGCUUGCUUCGGCAGUCUUUCAUGACUUCUUGGCUGGAGCGCUGGCCGACGGGAAGUACACGAUUGCUCCGGAGUCGCGGGUUGUGGGGGAGGGUCUCGAGGCCGUGCAGGGGGCCAUGGACACCCUGAGGAAGGGAGUGUCGGCUCAGAAGAUCGUCGUCUCUCUCUGA